AUGGACGCAUGCAACGUUUUCACGUAUGAAUUGGAUCGGGACUUGAUACCACCGGAGAGCUUCGUGGGAGCUUCAGCAACAGUUGUUCCGGUAAGUGUUUUUCACAGAUUGAUUAUGUUUCGGUGGUGUCUUGAAAUGGGGAAACAGGGUUAUUCACGCGGGUACUGUGCCUUGACCUGUGUGAUACGUGUCUCUGUUAAGUUGGUUUUAGAGGAAGAAAAGUUCUGGGUUGACUCAGCAUGCACUUUGAAGGUUCAACUAUGA